CCUCUCUAGAGUAUGGAGCCUUCGAAAACAAGCGGCAAUAAUGGAGAUUCUAGUGGGCGACAGGCGAAGACAAGAAAGCCAAGGCCAAAGUUGUCUUGCGUCCUAUGCCGUCAGAAGAAACUGAAAUGCAACCGCCUGCAGCCCUGUGACAACUGCAUAAAGCACAAUAGGACGUAUAUGUGUCACUAUGCGGGUCCGCAGGGGAUGGCUAAGAAGGUGUCUCUUGAUAUUUAUAACAAUCUCCGAGAUCUGGAAGCCCGGAUCCGGCAGCUGUCUACUUUGGAUGGAUCGGUCCAGUCUUCCUUGAGCUCAACAUAUACCCAACCGAACAUCCAGAUGUCGACGGCAACGCUGGAGAGUCAAUCGACUCUGCCAGUGACGUCAGAACAGCAGCCAGAGAAGCAGGAUGGUUCUUCGGGAACCAUGUUGAAAGACCAAGAUGGCACAAGAUAUAUCAAUCCAACCCAUUGGCAGGCAGUGCUUGAUCAAAUUGCAGAGGUGAAAGACUAUCUCAGUCUGUAUGGGAACACCAGUUCGCCGGAGGAUAUAGAAGAGGAGACAACCUCGUUCACCGACAUCAGUGCACCCAGCCUCUUGUUUGACCGCUCAUUCUCUACAAAUGAAGCAGAGCUACUUGCUGCAUUGCCCGCUAGAUCUACCGUGGACAGACUUGUUUCGUUCUACCUCAACUCGAAGGAGGCGCCUCUUGUUAUUAUACACAUUCCGACCUUUACAAAAGAGUAUGCACAAUUUUGGAAGGAUCCCAGUGAUGCGUCGAUUGGCUGGCUUGCGCUCCUGUAUAGCAUUCUAUGUGCCUCAGCCGGUUUGAAUCUGUUUUCGAUGUCUGGCAGAGCAGACGGGGAGUUGGCGCAAGCGUUUGAGGAAUACCGGAUCCGAGCAUCUCAAUGCCUGACCCUCUCUGUCUACACGAUCCCCGGACGGUACAAGCUUGAGGUGCUCAUAAUGUGCGCAGCCAUGGAAACAUUAAGGAGUAGUGAUGCUCACGUCGGUCCAUCUGUCACUCUGAGCCUUACCACGCGUUUGGCGAUGCAUAGCGGGUACCACCGUGAUCCAAAGCAUUACUCUCAUAUCUCGGUAUUCGAAGGGGAAAUGCGACGUCGAGUCUGGAUGUAUCUCACCCUUCUUGAUCACUAUAUAUCCUUCCAGGCUGGCCUGCCUCCGACCACGGCUCAUGCGCAGUCGGAUGUUGAAGAACCUCGGAAUCUUUUGGACGAAGACUUGGAUCCGUUGAUGGAAGUGUUGCCGCCCGACAGGCCUGUCUCAGAGAGAACAUCAAUCCUAUUUCCAGUGGUGUUGAACCGGAUACAGUUUAUUUGCGCAGAAAUCGCUGAAAAGGUCUGUUCUGUUCGAGGCGUCUCCUACGGUGAAGUGAUGCGGCUGGACAGCAAACUACGAGAGCUACACGAAAAGAUCCCUCCUAUGUUGCGGUCACGACCCCUGAGUGAAUCCAUCGCGGACUCCCCCUCCGUGAUCAUGGAUCGGUACAACGUGGAUUUGAUGUACCAGAAGGCACGGUGCGACCUACACCGGCGGUAUUUGACCCAGCACCGCCUAGACCCGAGGUACGCGUAUUCGCGACAGGAGUGCUUGGCCGCAGCGCGACAGGUGCUGAAAAUGCAAUCGGAGAUCUUCCAAGAGAAUUACUCAGGAGGGCAGCUCGGCUACGCUUCGUUUUUCUUCUCGUCCUGUGUCAUCAUGCAUUUCCGCGUGGCCGCAAUGGUCGUCUCAUUGGAGAUCUCCUGCCAGUCUCGAUAUGACCUACAGCAGAACCUCGCGGUACAGGAGAGAAACUCGAUCCUGGAGACACGGAAACAACUGUCGUAUGAACUGGAACGCUCAUGGAACGUCUGGAACCAGCUGCGUGGCCAGUCGAAAGACGCGUUGCGGACGGCUGAGGCCCUGGAGAUCAUGCUCAAGGUUGCGAACAACCACCUCCAACAUGGCACAAGCACCGAUACCAAAUCUACGCCCGAGGUAUUAACACAACUAGAUAUGAGAUCAGCAUUUGCUCUUCUCCCAACCUCCACAGACCAGCAGCAGCAACAGCUCACGUCACCGGCUUCAAUCAUUCCGCCCCCUGGAAUCACACCACCUGCUGCUCCUUCCUACGAACCUUCCUUCGAGGUCGACCUUAUGGACGCCAGUUUUUACCUAGGCCAGGACCCCCAGCCUCUGGACGCGCCCUUCUCUAAUCCGACGGAUAGCGUUGAUUUCUACCAGACGUAUUGGGACAAUCUGAUGCUUCUUGGACAUGAUUCUGGUAGUUUGGAUAGCUAGAUUAGCUGGUACUAAGCCUCUUAUUGUCAUUAGUAUCGUCUGUCCAGACACCUAGUCAAUAUUUAUUACUGAUAUGCUAAUGCUGAUUUAUAUAGUAUACGAAUUGCCGGGAAUAAUAAAUUCAGGAUGUGGAGCUGGACGCGUAAACCGACGACAGCUAAUGUAAUAUCCA